UUUGAGGAUAUUAUCUUGAAUAACGUCGGCAAUCCUAUCCUCAUUGAUCAGGAAUACUGCCCAUGGAACCAAUGCAAUUUAAAGGUUCCAUCGCGUAUUAAACUCAGCAACAUUAGCUUCAAGAAAAUUCGGGGAACUUCUUCAACUCAGCAAGCUGUCAGGCUUGUUUGCAGCCGCGGUUUGCCAUGCGAUCGUGUGGAACUCGCCGACAUUGACAUCACCUACAAAGGAGCCGGAGGACGUGCAACAUCCGAAUGUACCAAUGUGAAACCCAGAAUUUCUGGCAAACAGAACCCACCUGCCUGUUCCAGCCCUGCCAAGCGUACCGGUGCGUAAUCUCUUUGGUUAGGGGGACAUUACUCAUAACACCAUCUAAAUAAUGCGGACGAAUGUACAAGUUUCCAGAGAAAUGUAAUUUAAUUUUGCUUGUAAAAUAUCGGGACCAAACAUCUCCUGGGCAUGUAACUUUCCAUGCUUGUAGGCAUCGGAUAAUUCUCUUAGUACAACACAAUAAAUAUAGAUUUUUAUGUCGAUUUUGAUUA